GUCCCUGCCGCGCAGCAUGGCCGGGCUGGGCGGCGGCCCCGCCGCCUUCGGGCGCUGUACGCACGCCGUGGUGCGGGCGCUGCCCGAGUCGCUGUCUCGGCAGGCGCUGCGCACCGCGGCGGGCCCCGAGGUGGACUUCGCCCGCGCGGAGCGGGAGCACCAGCUGUACGUGGGCGUGCUGCGGGGCAAGCUGGGGCUGCAGGUGCUGGAGCUGCCGGCCGACGAGAGCCUCCCCGACUGCGUCUUCGUGGAGGAUGCGGCCGUGGUCUGCGAGGAGACGGCGCUGCUCACCCGCCCGGGCGCGCCCAGCCGCAGGAAGGAGGUUGAAGCGAUGAAGAGAGUACUAGAAAGUCUCAGCCUCAAUAUAGUAGAGAUGGUAGAUGAAAAUGCCACGUUGGAUGGUGGAGACGUCUUAUUUACAGGCCGAGAAUUUUUUGUGGGUCUCUCCAGGCGGACAAAUCAACGUGGUGCAGAAAUACUGGCUGACACAUUUAAGGAUUAUGCUGUUUCCACAGUCCCUGUUCACGAUUCUUUGCAUCUGAAGAGCUUUUGCAGCAUGGCUGGACCAAACUUGAUUGCUAUUGGAUCAAGUGAAGCUGCACAGAAAGCCCUCAAGACCAUGCAACAGAUGAGUGACCACCGCUAUGACAAGCUGACGGUGCCCGAUGAUGCUGCAGCAAACUGCAUCUACUUAAACAUUCCCAGCAAAGGGCACGUCCUGCUGCACCGAGCCCCCGAGGAGUACCCAGAGAGUGCAAAGGUGUUUGAAAAGCUGAAGGACCACAUGCUGAUCCCAAUAGCCAACACAGAACUGGAGAAAGUAGAUGGGUCACUCACCUGUUGCUCUGUGCUUAUUAACAAAUCUUCAGAAUUAUGAGUUUACAGAGUCCCUUCCUUGUAACUGGCAAUAAUGUUACACACAAGGUAGACGAGUCUGUAUCCACAGUUUUAUUGGUUUUAUUGACAAUCUACUGUACCACUGUGCUACUAACCCUUGUUUACAAAUUUUUGCUUUGUGUAUUUUUAUUAUGUCCUUGCAGAUGGUAUUUAAGAUGGAUAUACAGCUUGUUGGAGUGCACAUGACUUUGAAGUGUGUUAGUCUCAUGGGCUAGAAGAAGACAAUUAUAAUGGCUAACCCUUAGCUUCAGUGAUUUAACAUACCUGUGUGAAAAUUUUAUGAAAACCAACUAAUUAGCAACAUUUCAAGCACCUCUGUUGUCUUUACACAGUUCCCUUCUCCUCAUUUUUUCUAUUGCUUCCUUGCUCUGCAUCUCUUUUUCCUUCCUCAGGCCUCUUUACUUUCAGCGAUGUAAGGUAUCAAGGUGGACUCAAGAAGACUUAGUGGCCUCAUAAGCUUGGUAUCUUGCAUGGUAGGGAAGCUUUCAAUACACUAGCUUGGAACAUCAACUAGACAUCAACUGGAGCUGAGCUCCUCUGUCUGGCUUCCCUUUAGCCUUCUUCCAUCGUGAUCCAUGUCCAGGCAAUCUGGGUCCCUGUUUGGGCGUCAAUUGAUGUGUGGGAGCUUUCCGAAGUCAAAGACGUAUCCUCAUGGAGGUAGAGUCAGUGCUUGUUUAUUAGUAAUACACACAGAUAUUUAUACAAUAGUACAGAAUUCAGGUCAUAGUAACAUAACAUUUAUUAGUUACAUCUGCAGAUUUCACUACAACUGACAAAUAGUCUGAACAUGUUAUCAGCUUCCUAGGCAUCUCCUCCACCUUUCCCAGACCACUUGUGGCAUGUUGCUAAGGUACAGCAGGAAGGGAGCAGGGGGGACUCAGGCAGUGUUGAUCUGCAGGAAAGCAAACAGUGUUAACCAAGCACUAAAGUCAUCUAAAAUAAUGGAGUUUUCUAGUUCUCCUAGUUUACAUUUGAAAAAUUUUCUGUGUCUGUUUUCUCUUCUUUUGGAGGCCACUUACUAGCAAAAUUCAAAAGGAAGGAGUGAUAGAGGGAGUUGAAGGACAGCUAUUCCUGGAUUAUGCUCAUGAAUAAGGGAAGCUAUUUUUUCCUGAAACAUUGGCAUUUGUUCUUUAUCUGCCCUUGGGGCAGUUUUCCUUGGAACAAUAACCAUCUUCUUUUUUUUAGUUGCAUGAAUAUUUACUGUGGUAUUCAGUUAAAACAAAUACAAUUUUUGUAGCAAAUUCCACAACAUGCUUACCCACUGAGUCAUACUUUUUUUUUCACCAAGCAUAACCCAUUGUAUUCACAUACUUGUUAAAUCAUUUCUAAACCAAGGAUGGAGAAAUUCCCAAACAGAGGCAGUAGUGGGAACUCUCCAGAGACUGACAAAUAGUCUGAACAUGUUAUCAGCUUCCUAGACAUCUCCUCCACCUUUCCCAGACCACUUGUGGCAUGUUGCUAAGGUACAGCAGGAAGGGAGCAGGGGGGACUCAGGCAGUGUUGAUCUGCAGGAAAGCAAACUGUUAACCAAGCACACACUUGGAUAUCCUUUAGAAACCUGCGCGCUUUUCUGUGCAGUCAUUAAGGGAGGAAACACAAGGACUCAUAUCCGUAGGUACUCUUCAGCAUAUCUGUCGCUUCAUCUCAGUGGCUGACAAGGAAGAAACGUCCUGGCAGCUACCAGAAUACAUCUGAUACUUUGUGGGCAUACUGUAUGUUGUGAUGACACAAGGUAUCACAAGAGAGAGCAAUGAGGAACAAAUAAAACCUAUGUGAAAAGAGAGCUUGUCCCAAAGGAAGUCUUUAGCCAGCCAAACUGCAAGUGCUGAUUUUAAGGCUGUAUGCUGUCCCAAAGGGUUCUCCUAAUGUUUCCCCUUUGUCUCCUGCAUUCCCAUGCCCCAUAGUUUAAGCCUGACCCAGGUGAUCGGGCUCUAGGGAUGUUAAACAUUGCAGUGGGGAAAUCUCUUUUUCUACCUUCCCUCAGUGCUUUUUAGAUAUCUGAUAAAGCAUUUAAAAUGCAUUUUAAAAUGACUUGAUAUGAAAAAAAGAUUUUGUGCCAAAAAGUGACCCUGCAGUAUUUGUGACCUUCUAGAGGUAAGCUGUACUCUGUUAAAAACAGCUAUGGGAGCUGUCGUACAAAGCUGGAACAGAGCCCCCCCUGACCUGUCGGUACACCUUCUGUGACCUGGCCCCCACCCAUGUCCUUCUGCCUUCUGUUGUCACCGUUCUGCUACAUGAGUCUUCUUUUUCUGUACUCCUCCCUCUUCCCUCCAAAGUGUCCCAACCCCAGGUGGACUAUUCUAAACUUAAUCCUUCCUUGAGUAGAUGCCAGGAGGGAAGAGAAACUGAGGAUCCCACUUUGGCUCUGAGCAGCUUCUUUUGAGCUGGAAGGAAUGACUGUCAACAGGAGCUAUAGAUCCAGAGAGCGACAAGGGUGACUUCUCUUAGGAUCUCUCCAGAAAAGAGAAACGUUUGCAGUGGGCAUUGUUGAUAUCUUGUGUCCCUGAAAGGAAUAGAAAAAAGUGACAGUGAUUCCCCUGGCUUCCCAAAGGAGGGAGAGGGGGAGUUGGAACCUCAGAGCUGAGAAACAUUGCAUUGACAGAGAGAUUGGUCCUUCAGCUAUUUCUGUGUAGAUUUCCUUGGCUUCAAGGCUACAUUUUGGUAAAAGGAAGAUAAGGGAGUGGCUGAAGAACCUGAAUUUCCUCAGGUGAUGAUUUCAAGUUGUAUUCAAACUGUCUUAACUUCAGGCACAGAAUUUAGGUGCUCUAAGUCACACCUGCUUUUCUCUCUGUUUGUCUCAGUAGGCAUCGUAGCAUCCUAACGUAGACACUCUAAACUACACCUUAGCCUGACGCCAAAAGUUACCUAAGCUGGUUAGUGGGAUUGCACUCGCCUCUCUGCUUCUUCCAUUGUUCUUUAUUCUGGCAUUAUAAAGGAAAAACAUUAAGAGCACUUCCAUUUGUGCAUUUGCAGUAUGGUACUAAGAACUAAAAUCACGCCAAAUGCUGCUUGUUCUUGCUGUUUGCUGUUUGUUUGUUACCCAAAUGAAGAAUUCAGUUAUGAGGACGUUUCUGCUGUGGUACAUAUGCAUCUAAUGGGCAUCCUGUACAUCUUGUCACCAGAACAUUUUUCAGAUGCCUGAUGUAAGUCAUCAUCCUUGAUUAAUAUAAAAUAAAAUCCCAAACCAAAAAAGGAGAUGAGACACUGAAUGCUAAUAGCUGCCCACAUAAAACACUCAAUAACAACUGUCAGGCUACAUGACAUAGCAGGUCAGUGCAGUAGUUCUUGUGGUUAAUAGCUCAGCAAUGGGGCUUGAAUUACUCAUCAAAGGGGUUUUUUUUUCCUUUGAGCAAUCAGUUUAGCUCAGUUCAAAGUGAAAGAGCUACAAUGUGCAUUAUAGAUCUUUCACGAUGUUAUCUCUGCUGAGAGUUUAGGGAGAGCUGUGAUAUGUGGGUUUCUUUCUUCACCAGAAUGUGAAUACAGUGUCUCUCUCUGCAAUGAAAAUGUGAAUGCAUACUGUUCCUUAUAAGAUAAACUUGAAUUCUUCCAUUUCUGCAUUUUUGUCUUUUCCAUGCUAAUAUACUCCCUUUUGAUAUUAAAUAGAUACCACUGUAUGAAUCUAUGCUCUGAUAUUUUUUUUUGGUGAUUUCCAUGUGAUAGGUACAGAGCUCAUAGGCAACACUAUGUCCAGUUUAAAAACAAAAGUCAGUGCACAGGAUACUAAUUGUUCACAGCAAAUCAAGGAUGAAGUACAGGAGAGAAAAAAAAGAGCUUUUGAUUUCAUUCAGUUUCUUAUAGGUGAUAUCAAUGAAGUCAGAGCCAGUUUACUUUGACAGAAAGCAUCAACAUUUAUGUGGAACCAUUUGGGGAAAACAAUUUACUAUUUAAGAUUCUCCAUUUUUGCUUUUAUCCAUAAGGAAGCUCAAAAGAUAAGAAAGAUUAAAGAAUGGUACUGAAGUGAUUGUGAACAAAGUAUCGGUUGGACCUCACAUAUGUAUUUUCAGAGAAGUUUCAACUGGACGUAUGACAUACCGUGUAUAGAGUUGCAUGUGAAUCGUGUUAGUCACUGCUUUACGUUGUAUUGUUCUGCAGUGCACAAAUAUGACUACUGAACCCAGAAGUGUUACAUUUCAUUAAACUUAAAAUCUUGUUGCAGUAUCUAGUUCCUCACUUUUUGUGCCAAAAACAUGAACACAUUCCAUAAUCUGUUCUAACAGAGGUUUGCACUUUGAUUUUCUUUCUUUUUGUGACUCUUGCAGUUUCAAUACUAUAUAUCCCCGUCACGAAGGAAUAAAGUGUCAGUCGUACUGUGCA